UGCACCCGGGUCGGGGCGCGGAUGCUGGAAGUUCACAUUCCCUCGGUGGGGCCCGAGGCCGAAGGGCCCAGGCAGAGUCCAGAGAAAGGCCACAUGGUGUUCCAAGUGGAGGUGCUGUACAGCGGACGCAGACACACCGUGCCGCGGCGCUACAGCGAGUUCCACUCUCUACACAAGCGGAUCAAGAAACGGUACAAAGUGCCUGACUUUCCCUCAAAACGCCUGCCCAACUGGAGGACCAGAGGAUUGGAACAGCGCCGGCAGGGCUUGGAGACCUACAUCCAGGGCAUCCUGUACCUGAAUCAGGAUGUGCCCAAGGAGUUACUGGAAUUCUUGAGACUUAGACACUUCCCUACAGACUCCAAGACCAGCAGCUGGAGCACCCUGGGGGAAUUCCUGCCUAGUGACACCAGCUCCCAGCUGCAUCAGCGGCCGGUCAUUGGCUUCUGUAUGGAUCCCUACGUUUGCACCCCUUCCCCAGAACCUCUCCCAGAAAUGGUGGUGGACGGUGUGCUCCAGGGUCUCUAUGGCUUCAGCACCAGCCCGGCACCAGCCCAGCCAGAGGCUAACUGUCAUCCUGCUCCAUUACUAAUGCCCUGACUAGCCCAGGGUUUGGGCCACCUUUCAGGACCGCUAUGUGCCUCGGUCCCAGGAGUUCCAUAUAGGAAACUGGGUCUUCCCUUGGACUAGACUCGGGUGUAACUGGCCAAGGCUCAGGUGUGCCCACCCCCACUCAAAGCUCUGAGCCUGGUUUGCACUGAAAGCUGUAGCUGGUAGAACUCAAGACUCUUAAAAGCCCAGGGGUCAUGGCAAAGUCAAGCUUCAGAAAAAGGUGUGAGGUAAUUUCAGAGGUAGGCUGAGAAGAGUCAGGUGUAUUUUCUAGCCCAGCCCGACAGGUGUAAGCUUAGGAUGAGGCACAGGAGCGAGCUAGACAGUCUCUGUCUGGUGACAGUGGGUGGGUUGCAUGUACAGGCUUAGGCAGGAACCCAGGGAAGGAACAUGCAUCCAUCAGCACAGAAGAGUCCCCC